AUGGCGAUGUUAACUCUGUGCGCUGUCGUUGCCGCUCUGAGAGUUCUGCCCGACAGAUCUCAGUUCUUCCAGUACGAGUCCGUCUCUCUGAGCUGUGGGCAGGAGGGAACCUCUCCUGCCUGGAGGGUGAAGAGGAACACAUCCACUAAUAUAGACCAAGAGUGUUCCUCGGAGAGAACCAACGAAUCCCACUGCUUCAUCGAUGACCUGUACCCACUAGACAACGGGGCGUACUGGUGUGAGUCUGCAGCAGGAGGGUGCAGCGACGCCGUCAACAUCAUGGUGACCGCUGGACUUGUGAUCCUGGAGAGUCCCGUCCUCCCCGUGACGGAGGGAGACGACGUGAGUCUCCGCUGCAGAACCAAGUCGACCUCCAACCUCACAGCCGAGUUCUAUAAAGACGGCGUCCUCAUCGGGAGCAGCUCCACAGGAAACAUCACCGUCCCCGGUGUCUCUCAGGCUGAUGAAGGACUCUACAAGUGUGCCGUCUCUGGAGCCGGAGGAUCUUCAGAGAGCUGGCUGACUGUCAGAGCAGGCCGCCCUGAGCCGCCGGACUCCCCCCUCGCAGGCUUUCUGCUUCCUGUGGUGGGCGCCUGCCUCUCGCUGCUGGUGCUGCUGGUGCUGCUCUGCCUCUGGAGGAGCCACAAAGGUCAGCAGCCUGUUUUCAUGUCAACAAACUAA